AUGAUUAUUUACAAGGACGUUAUUUCUGGAGACGAAUUAUUAUCUGACGCUUACGAAGUCAAGUUAGUUGACGAUGUUGUCUAUGAAGCUGAUUGCUCCAUGGUCAAUGUCAACAACGGUGAUGUUGAUAUUGGUGCUAACCCAUCUGCUGAAGAAGGUGGUGACGACUUAGAAGAUGGUUCUGAAACUGUUAACAACGUUGUCUACUCAUUCAGAUUACAACAAACCUCUUUCGACAAGAAGUCUUUCAUGACCUACAUGAAGGGUUACAUGAAGAGAGUCAAGGCUCACUUAGCUGAAAAGAACCCAGAAGCUAUUGAAGCUUUCGAAAAUGGUGCCAAGACCUACUUUAAGAAGAUUGUUGGUUCUUUCGGUGACUGGGACUUCUACACUGGUGAAUCAAUGGACCCAGAUGGAAUGGUUGUCUUAUUGAACUACCGUGAAGAUGGUACUACUCCUUACGUUGCCAUCUGGAAACACGGUGUUUCUGAAGAUAAGAUUUAA